UGAGUCUCUGACAUUAAGAAUAUUUGAGAUUCGUUCGAUAUAGCUCGGGCCAUUUUUUAUAGACAUCUGGGUGAAGGGAGGAAUAAGGCUUUAAUCCCGGGUUUGAUUCCAUCUUAUCCCCGUAUAUAGAGGGUAGGUACAGUCUCAUGACAGUCGAUGAGUCAACUUUGGACAUAUCCCCGAACAGAAUAAGUUUACACGUGAGUUUUUUGCCGUUAAAAAAAUAUUUAAGAUUCAGAUUUCAAAAUGUUGCUCAAAUCCCUAAGAAGUCAAUAGCUUUCCAAGUAGCAAUCUCCAAGAACAAAAAGUAAAAAACAGAAAAAAGAAAAGGUGCUUGCUUGCGUUAACCCCUGAAAUUGAAAUUGAAAUUCAAUCCUAAAAUAUAAAUCCCCAAAAUUGACGAGUUUUGCAGUUACCAUGAUAACAUGUUCUUGAUCUGGAUGACGUACUGUUUGUUCUUCUUUUGAGAUUGCAUUCUAUAAUACCUGUUUCUGAUCACUAUCAAUGGUAUCCUGAUUGCAUACAAACUGUUCGACGAAAUGCCCCAGUGAAGUGUUGUUUCUUUACAAGGGAUUUUGGUAACCUGUUGGUAAUCUGUUGAUCAGGUGUUUUGAAAAUGAGAUUGAGCAGAGGUGGAUCAAAGAGUCCAAUCGCGUUUAUUGCUGUAAUCGUUUCGGUGUCUUGCUUUUUUGUGUUGAUCCUUUCGGUUCUUAGACUUCCAGACGUAUCAGUUACCGGUGGCUCCAACAAUUUAUUCAAGCAUAAAAAAGUUGGUAAAAGUUUAAAAAAUGGUGACAGGAUUGGAAAGUUUGGUGAGAUGAUGAUCGAAAUGUUGCCUGGUGAUCUUUCGUUCACAAUAUUCGUUCCAUCGGAGUUGGCAUUUGAACGCGAUUUGAGAUUAAGGGUGAACGAUAGUUUAGCGGAGGAGAAAGCAAAUGAUACGGAUGCGAUACUUACGCGUGUGUUGAGCUUCACGGUUGUCCCGUGGAAGAUUCUUUCGGAAUCUCUAUCAUAUGGUGAAGAGAUAACUUGUGAUUCGUUAUCUGGGUUGAAACUAUAUGUAUCAAAAGAUGCGGACAAAAUGCUUCUUGUAAAUGGUGUUCGAUCGUCACGGGUAGACUUGAGGAUAGGGGAGAUGAUUGUUCAUGUUAUGGAUGGGGUGAUUAUGGAGGCUGAGUUUGAGCAAUCUGUACAGUCCGAUGACGGUGAUGAGGAUGAAGAUUGAUAUUGAGAUAGAAAAUUAUGAUGUCAAAACGCUCUUAUGAAUGCGAUUUGUGUUGAGUU